CUCAGCAGCGUUAUAAAGUGUUGUUCACUUGCUCUUCUUCUCUGUUCUCUUGCUUUUUCUUCCUUGUAUCACUCUUGUCUCCCAAUUGCUUUCUGUAGCCAUGAACAACAUCAAUUCUAAGGACCUACACAAGUGGAAGGCUGAUCUUAAUAACCAGUCCUACUUGAACGAUUCAUUUUUAAAUCAAUCUUCUUUGUUCAGCUAUCCUGAACCUUCUGCAAAGACAGAUUCCAAUCAUGGCUCUAACAAAGAUUCAAAUGAUAAGUGGAUCAGUAUCAACAAAUCCAACUUGGACACUAAUAUUGUUUCCUUGAAUGAGAGCAAGGAGAGUGUUGAUAGCGUAUCAAAUGGACCACUUAUCACACCAAUCGCCUCCUUGCAUCUCAGUGAUAAUAAUUCUAGUUCUUUACAUGCUCUUAACAAUGAUUUUACCACUAGUAAAAAUGAUAAUAAACGUGGAAAUAAAAAGAAGAAAAGGCAUCAGACCAAUUACUUUUACAAGUAUUUGACAAAAAGUUUAAAUCCUGCUUUGGCCACUCUUUUUUUAGGCACUACAAUAACAAUUGGUUAUUUUAUUGGAUCUAAUAUUUUUUCUAUAUUAUUCAGACUAGGCCAUGGUAGCUCAUCAUCCACUUCUCAAUUCACAAGCCAUUUGAUCAACAAUAGUAAUAAUAUAAAUGAGUUGCUUCAUAACCUAUUGCUUAAUACCAAUCAACACGAAAAUUUAAACAAUGAUAAUUUAAAUUUCCUCUUGCUUAAUUCAAAACAUUAAUAUUUUCUUAUAUUGCUCAUAUUUAAUCAUACUUUCAUAAUACCUUUUAUAGAAAUCAUUUUCAUGAAUAUUUUACAUAUUAUUUAUACCACUAAUAUAUCCUAUUUAUUUUU